AUGGAGCAGUAUCAAAUAAUGAAAGAAAUUGGGAGUGGAUCAUAUGGGGUUGUCUGGGGAGCAUUGAAUGAAUUUACUGAAGAAGUGGUUGCGAUCAAGCAACUGAAGAUGAAGUAUAACUCGGUGAAAGAAUGCAUGAACCUGACAGAAGUCAAAGCACUGCGCCAGAUGGAUCAUCCCAAUAUCGUAAAGCUCAAGGAUAUCAUCAAAGAACACGACAGUUUGUACUUGGUGUUUGAAUACAUGGAAUGCAGUCUCUACGAGCGUAUGAAAUGCAGGAAGAAACCAUUUUCAGAGGAUGAGAUUAGAAACUUGUGCUUCCAAAUCUUUCAAGGUCUGGCGUACAUGCACAACAACGGCUACUUUCAUCGUGACCUCAAACCAGAGAACCUUCUUGUUUCCAAGGAUGUAAUAAAGAUUGCUGAUCUUGGUCUAGCUGGCGAGACGAACCAACAGCCAUACACUGUUAAUGUUGGGUCACGCUGGUAUAAAGCCCCUGAAGUUCUUCUUGGGCAACGAUAUGAUUCUUCAGUUGAUAUGUGGGCAAUGGGUGUAAUCAUGGCUGAACUAUUUACAGGCCGCCGACUAUUUCCUGGUAAAAAUGACGGAGAUCAAAUGUAUAAAAUAUGCAGUGUGAUCGGCAGUCCAACAGAAACCAUCGUAAAUAGCAACUAUCAGUUCCCACAGCUUCCUGGUGUCCAACUUUCUUCGCUGUUACCAUCUGCAAGCAUGGAAGCACUCAAUCUGAUUGCCACACUUCUUUCAUGGAGUCCAUCCGCAAGGCCAACAGCGAUGAAGGCACUUGAUCAUCCUUUCUUCAAUACAUGUUUCUCACUUCUUCCUUCCUCACGCAUUCGUGCAACAUCCACGACUCGACUUUCUAUAAUCAGUUUCUUCAAGAACUGCAAAUCGAUUUUACUCAAGAACUACACUACACAAUUCCAUGAUUGCUACUAG